UUUCAUUUUUGCUCUAUGAAAGGAAUUGAACGGAAGUAAAAAAGCACUAUUCCUACGUCGUCGUUUACGCCAACGCAUUCUAAACCUAAACCCUCUCAGUCUCCCCCACUGCACAGAAUUCCCCACCCCUUAAUCUCGCCACGGCACAGGACAGCGUCGCCUGCUCGUCAACCUCGGCACUGCACAGAGGCAAGGCGUCCCCGACUUGCCACUGCUCAUCCGCCCUGCAUCCGCCGCUGCUUCCAUGAAAUGUAACCUACUCGAAUCACUUAAAUACAAAUCACUAAAUUUGUUUGACUGUAUAAACAUUGGCAGAGCCGUAGAUCCACGCACAAGGGGUCCCAGACUCACCUGAUACAAAGUGAUGGCUCUAUGGAGAGUUCAUGCAGCUUCAUUGCCUCUUGUGAAGAGACUUGUGCAACCUGCUUCUUUCCUUUCCAUUGACAAUGCUGAUCGCAGUUUCUCCACUGCUGAUACUGAUUCAUUGCGGGACAAGAUGAUGAAACAAAUGGUUCAUCUUGAUAUCAAUGCACAAGUAGGGACUUGCAUGCCUCUGGCUUCUAUGCGUAUUGGAACAUUAAUUCACAACAUUGAGAUGAACCCAGGUCAAGGUGGAAAAUUGGUUCGAGCUGCAGGAACUUGUGCCAAGAUCUUGAAAGAGCCAACAUCAAGAUAUUGUUUGGUGAAAAUGCCUUCAGGUGCAGAAAAAUUGAUUGAUUCUCGGUGUCGGGCCACAAUUGGCAGAGUAUCAAACCCUAGCCAUAAUACUCGAACGCUUCGGAAAGCUGGGCAGAGCAGAUGGUUGGGUCGAAGACCAGUGGUUCGAGGAGUGGCAAUGAAUCCAGUUGAUCAUCCUCAUGGUGGAGGUGAGGGUCGGAGCAAAAGUAGUGGGUCCUUUGGAAGGGUGUCUCAAACGCCAUGGGGCAAGCCAACUAAAUGUGGUAGGAAUCAACAACGAAAGAGAAAUGGCAAAUUUAAAUGAUCUUUUUUUCUGUUUGGUUGCUAGAUGUUGGCUUGCAGUUUUAAUGCACUUCAACGGUUCUAGUACCUAUGGCUUCCGGUCAAGAGAACUUCUAAAGUGAAGUUUGCGUCUAGGUGGAGUUAAUUUGAAUUGUUUCAUUACUUCAAAAUUGACUAAUUUUGAUACAUUCGCCGUUAUAAAUCCAGAAUUGAUGCACUGUAUACGAUCAUAUUUGUUCCCCUUAUUUGCUAUAUUUUGAUUUUUGAACUCUA